UAUGAUCCGGAUAUAGAACUGGGCUUGGUUAACCUUUCAGGCCCAAUGUUCUAGGCCGACCAGGCUUCAGACAAAGAUUUUCUGAUAAGUCGUCGAAACGCAAGAACUGUUUUCGAGUUCACUAUUAACCCAAAGCCAGAUGCUCAAGGUUUCAGCCGCUAACCGUCUCCCCUCCCCAUCAAAGGGUUCAAAACAACCAGCAGCACCCACCUCCAAUAAUGAUUAUAAUCCCAGCCAUCUUCAAAUCCUCAAGAAAUGCACCCAUUUAAUCCAAUUCAAGCAAGUUCAUGCCCAAAUCAUCAAAACCUCACUUCAAAACCAAGCCGAUAGACACCUUUCCAAACUUAUCGAAGCCUUGGUUGGCUCUGCCAAUCUCCCCUAUGCUUGCCUGGUUUUCGACCAAAUAACCCAGCCUUCCACGUUUGCUUUCAACACCAUGAUUAAAGGCUACGGAACAAAUAAUUUGGGUCGUAAAGGAGUUUACCUUUAUAGCCAAAUGAGAUUCCAGGGCCUUAACCCCGAUAAUUUUACUUACCCAUUUCUUUUAAAGGCUUGUAAUGGUCUUAAACAAGGAAAGGGAGUCCACUCCCUGGUUGUCAAAUACAAAACAUUUAGUUUAGAGAUACAUUCGUUAACUUCUUUGAUAACGUUUUAUUGUUCUUUUGGUGAUGUAGAAUCUGCCCGGUUGUUGUUUGAUAGGAUGCCUGAGAAAAAUGUGGUUACUUGGACUGGGAUUAUAACUGGUUAUGUGAAGCAAAAGAGGUAUAAAGAAGGGAUUGAGUUAUUUUAUCAAAUGAAGAAUUCUGGGGUUGAAAUAAAUGAAUUGACUUUGGUUUGUGUACUCUCAGCUUGUGCUAAUUUGGGAGCUUUGGAAAUAGGUAAAUGGGUGCAUGAAUAUACCAAUAGGAAGAGAAUAUUUUUGAAUCCAAAGCUUGGUGCUGCUCUCAUUGACAUGUACGCUAAAUGUGGUCACAUUGACAAAGCUUCUCAAGUUUUUCAGACUGUGCCUUGUAAAGGCGUCUAUGUUUGGAAUGCUAUGAUUGGGGGACUUGCAAUCCAUGGUUAUGGGAUUGAAGCGAUUGAUAGAUUUAUGGAAAUGCAAGGGAGUGGAGUAAAGCCAGAUGGAAUCACGUUAAUUGCGGUUUUGUCUGCUUGUAGUCAUUCAGGGUUGGUGGAGAAAGGAAAGGAGAUUUUUCAUUCAAUGAGAAAGGAUUACGAGAUUGAGCCUAACAUCAAGCAUUAUGGAUGCUUGGUGGACCUCUUAUGCAGGGCAGGACUCUUGAAUGAGGCUUACGAGGUUAUAAUAAACAUGCCAAUGGAACCUAACGCAGUUUUGUGGGGAACUUUGCUGAAUGCCUGUGCUGCUACUACUAAUGUUGAGCUAGCUGAGGCUGCAAUGCAACAGCUGAUGGUUUUGGAACCAUCUAAUGAUGGAAACUAUGUUCUUAUAUCGAAUAUUUAUGCUGCAAAGAAACGUUGGGAUGAUGUAGCUAGGAUUAGAAAGAUUCUGAAAGAUGGACAGAUAGUGAGGAACCCCGGCCAUAGUUUGAUUGAAGUGGAUAACAUUGUCCAUGAAUUCAUGAUCGGUGAUGGUAGGCACCCUUGUUCAGAAGAGAUAUAUGACAUGUUGGAAAAGGUCACCCUAACCUUAAAAGAACAGAGUGGUAGGUUAUGGAAUUGCUUAGGUGCAUCUAAAUGUUAAUUCAACUUGUGUUAUUGAACCUGUUGUCAACAAUCUGCAAAACACUAGGGUCAAAUUGAACUGAAUAAUCAUCCCAUGGUUAGGCAACUUUCGAAGUUUGAAGAAUUAUAUAUUAAGCCAAACGCUUCUUUCUUUCCUGUUUUCCCUCUAUUCUAAUUGUUUAAUGUCUUCCCUCGACUUUUCAUUCUUGUACCCACCAGGAACAAAUAUUGAAAACAUAGGAACGUUCUGCAUUGACUAGUAAGGUAAUUCUAUUUUUUUUUUUAACCAUAUAAACGAGAAAAUAUAUAGACAAGACUUUUAUAUAAAAGGAUAUUACAACUUUUUUUGGGUGCCCAACGCUUGCCAAGAAGAAGCUCAACAUUAGGGGUGAAAAAAAAAUCCA